AACAGUAUUCUUUUAUUUGGAAAUGGCCACCUCGAAUGUUGAUUACUACGCUCGACAAAAAGAAUUACAAGAUAUCAUCCAUGAACAAGAGAGGAAGCGAGAGCAACUAGAACGACAGCUUCAAAUAUUAUGCAGGAAAGACGAUAGACUAGCAAAGCUCAGAGCAAGCAAGCUUCAAGCUUACUGGAAGAGAGUAUGCGAGGAUCAACGAAGAAGUCAACAAAGAAACCAAAAUAUCAUACGGGAAUUCUCCCGCAUAGAUACCCAUCUCACAACUGUGUCUGCUAAAACAGAAAGGCUACGAUUAUUAAAGAAACAAUAUGAGGAAUACAUUGAGAGAACUUACCCUCUUUGGAAAGAACGGGUCACUGGAAUGGGAAGAGAGGGCUUUGUCCAGGAGCAUGUAUCCCCUCAACAGAUUCCAAGAGAGGAAUAUUUUGAUACAGGAAUGGAGGGUGACCCGAUAUCACAUCGCUCAUAUUACAUGGAAGGCCCAGAGGAACAUGGAAGAGGGCCAACUAUGACCCCUACCAAACCCACCUCAGGCAUGAAGGAGGCAUCUGAUUAUGCAAAUCUAAAAGAAGUGAACAGGAAAGACCAAUCACAAGCAAGACAGGUUAAUCAGAGUGAAAGACAGCAAGAGACAAUGGACAGGCAGAGAGAACAGGUCUCCAGAAUACCCUCAUCUUCACAGCUGCCUCGAACUGUCCCCUCAGGGUCUCAAGUCCCUCCCUCCCCUCAAAUUACGAGACAGGCAGAAUCCUCCCCACAAAUGUUACGAUCCUCUCAGGUGCCCCCUGCUGAUGUCAGCGCAGAAGAGGUGGAGGAAAUGAUGUCACAGCCCAUACAGAGUGUGACAGUCAAAGGCAUCGAGGGGAGACCACUAGAACCAAGGGAUACUGAGUCACCAGGAGGUAUUUCUCAUUCAUCAGGAGGUAUGGACCCUGGACAGGAUGAGGAAGACAGUGAAUUUGGGUCAGAGGUGGAUCUUCCGGUGGCUGAUGAGCACCACCCACCACCCCCUCAACAGGUGGCUCCAGACAACAUAUCAGAGCAAAGCUCACCCGAUGAAGAAGUGGCACCACCAAUAAAGGCCUCGGUACAACCCAAACGGGACAGACUUGCUCCAACACCUGAGUUGACAGUUCAUGGUCUGAUAAAGCUGUUGAAGUUUAUUCAGUCAGAUUUUCAGCAUGCCUUGUCUUUAGAAGGAUACUACAGAUCUCAUCCAGCAUCCCCAGCAGACAGACAGAGCAUAAUACAGAGGGCAAACACUGGAUCAGAUCUAUCUGGUUUGGACAGUGAGCUGGUUUCAAUGGUGAUAUUAGAGCAGAUGACCUUGGUCAUUAGAAGUUUGAGAACUCCUUGUCUGUUGCCAGACUCCAUUUUGAUGGGGAAUAUUGACACCAUAAGCCAAACCCAAAUCAGGGUGAUGUUAAGAGAUGAUGCCCAGCCCUUGUGGGAUAGCCUCUUUGAACACUUAGUCCAGCUAGUCAUCUGUAAGGUCAUGACCCCUAAUGAGGUUGCAGCUGUGUUUGUGCCAUGUAUGGUCUCUGAUAAAUCUCCGUACCAAGACAAGGCAUUUGAGCUUCUAAUGAAGUUGUUGAGAAGUCAGGUAGAUGGUAAGCCAGAUAUGGGGUCCCCCAGGGAUGGAAUGGACAGUCUUACUAGUAGAAAUAUUUCAGGAGUUCCACCACUGAAAUUCCCAGGAAGUUUAAUUGACAGAUCUCAGACUUACAACAGUGAUGACGAUACCAGUGUUAUAACACAGAGUGUCACAAGCUCAAAGAUCCCCCUCAAUGUACCAUUUAAAGGCAAACGAGCUACGGAUGCCUAUAAGAACAUGCUGUCUGGAUCACUCCCUCAGCAACAGCGACAGCCAAUGGCAGAUGACGACGAAGAAGGAGACACAGACGACGAUGUGGAAAAACAGUUUGCUUCUGCCCUGUCUCCGAGAGAACAAAAUGUUGCAGCAACUAUACCCACCGGUUCUUCGAAAAUGAUGGAGCCAGACGUUUUGUCAGAUGAAAGUUCAACUGUGGCCUCUCCUCUGUAUGUCCCAACUGCUGUCACAGCAAGCAGUAAACCUACAAAGACAGGCAUGACUACACCCAGAUCUGCAGGACUUUCCCAGUCUGGCCCAAGACGACCAGGAAUACAAUUCCAGUCUGACCUUGACACGGAUACAGAAAUAGACAUCCUCCAGAAAAAGGAGGACAACAAGGACAAGGAAGACGAAGAUUUUUACGAUUUUUAUGGAUAACGUGGAACUGUUACAUUGUUGUUAGAAUAUAAUAAGAGACAUUUAUUUAUUUAUUUCAUAAAGGACCAGAAAAAUCUAGCAGCAGUUAUCAAAUUCUAGUGAAGUGAGAGACUUUAAUGUUAAUGUUCUUGUUUCACAAAGAUGUUGAUUUAGUUAUUUUGUAACAACUUGUAAAAU